AUGGAUAAGGCAGAGGGCGAUGCUGCUCUCAAGGCCCGCCAGCGCCAAGAAAGGUUUAAGGCUCUUCAGGCUCGCGCAAAAACGGCCGCAGAGCGCAAUCUGAAGGAAACCGCCGCCGAAACACAACGUCUAGCAACCGAUCCAGCAUUGCUUUCGUCGAUAUCGCGCAAGCACGCUUUCGCAUCGCACAACCUACUAAAAGCUGAUACAGAGGCCGCAGGGGAAGAUUUUGAACGUAAGCGUGCCUGGGACUGGACUAUUGACGAGUCGGAAAAAUGGGACAAGCGGAUGGGAAAGAAACAACGCCACCGAGACGACGUUGCCUUUCAAGACUACACGCAAGACGCGCGCAAGGUAUAUAAGAGACAGUUGCGUGAAUUGCAACCCGAUCUGGAGAGUUAUGAGCGGGGUAAGAUGGCGGCCAUUGAGAAAGCCGCAGCCAAUGGCGACCUGGAAAUUGUUGAAACCGCCGACGGCGAAAUGAUCGCUGUGGACAAGAACGGCACCUUCUAUUCCACCGCGGAUACCGUGGGAUUCACAGAAAAUAAGCCGGACCGGGCAGCUGUGGAUAAGCUGGUGUCUGACUUGAGAAAGGCUGAAGAGGUUCGCCUCAAGAAGCGGAGAGACCGCCGCGGAGACGAUGAUGGUGACGUCACUUACAUCAAUGAGAAGAACAAGCAAUUUAACCAGAAACUGGCUCGAUUCUAUAACAAGUAUACAACAGAAAUUCGGGAUAGCUUCGAACGUGGUACUAUGAUCUGA